AAUCCGCUUUCUUCUUAUUUAUAUGCAUAUCUGUUCUCACUCCUUUCUAAGCAUUCUACACUCACAAUUUCUAGAAAUGGGGGUUUUCAUUGUUGCUGCUAUCUUCUUCAUGCAAAUCUAUAUCACCGGAGCCAAGGUUCCGGCGGUAAUUGUGUUCGGAGAUUCCUCUGUAGAUGCCGGAAACAACAAUCAACUUCAAACGGUUUUGAAGAGCAAUUUCCGGCCUUACGGACGUGAUUUCUUCGGUGGAAAGGCUACCGGAAGAUUUUCCAAUGGACGUGUUCCGCCUGAUUUUAUAUCGGAGUCGUAUGGUCUGCGGCCGUAUGUGCCGGCGUACUUGGAUCCGGCGUAUAACAUAUCGGAUUUUGCCACCGGCGUUUGUUUUGCUUCUGCUGGCACAGGUUACGACAAUGCUACUUCCGAUGUGCUUUCAGUGAUACCUCUAUGGAGGGAGGUAGAGUACUACAAGGACUACCAAUCAAAACUUCGAGCCCAUUUAGGCGCUGAAAAAGCCAACAUUGUUAUAUCCGAAGCAGUGUACCUUAUAAGCAUGGGUACAAAUGACUUCCUUGAGAACUACUAUACGCUUCCCAACCGAAAAUCCCAAUACAAUGUUACUCAAUAUCAAAAUUUCCUUGCCACGAUUGCCGAGUGGCUCAUAAAAGACCUUUAUGCCCUCGGUGCUAGAAAAAUUUCCCUGGGAGGCCUUCCUCCCAUGGGUUGUUUGCCAUUAGAGCGAACAACCAGCUUUUUUGCAGGAAAUGGAGAUACAUGUAAGGAUGAGUAUAACAAGGUGGCGUUGGUGUUUAAUGAGAAGUUGAAUGAGUUGGUGGAGAGGUUGAAUGAUGAGCUUUCUGGGGCUAAAAUCGUCUUUUCCAAUCCGUAUGCCAUUUUUCAACAAAUUGUUCGAAAACCAUCCACUUUUGGAUUUGAGACAGCAGCUGUGGCAUGUUGUGCGACAGGAUUCUUCGAGAUGGGAUAUAUGUGUGAUCAGUACAAUCCUUUUACGUGUUCGGAUGCCAGCAAAUUUGUAUUUUGGGAUUCUUUUCAUCCAACUGAAAAAACCAAUCGUAUUAUCUCCCAACAUUUGUUUAAAACUGUUCUUUCUAAAUUCUCUUCGUAACUUUUGGUUAUAUAUAAAUAAAAAACCAGAAAGGAAGAUAUGAAUUUGGAAUUUGUGUGGUAUGUUCUAUUAUUUAUACUUGUUGUAUUUCGAAUCAGAGGUUAUGUAUGAUGUAUAAAGAGGUUAUAUGUUGUUGAUUUUGUAUUGUUUCCUUCGGUCUUGGUUAUGUAUGAUGUAUAAAUAUGCAUGCUAUAUUGCUAUGUGAGGUGGGGUUUGAUCGGGAUAAGUGAACAAAACUAUCUAUGGAAGGGAAAUAAUCUUACCUAGUGUGCAAUUACAAGGUGAGAAAAAACAAACAUAUGCAAUGUUGGUAGAAAGGAAAAAACUUUGAAGGAUGGAACUAAUAGUGGUAUGCAAGAAGGAAAUAAGAUUACACUGGAGGAAAAAGACUUGUUAGUGGUACCAGAUUCUUCUUGUCUUGUGUUGGGAAGUGUUAGAGAGGUUUGUAAGAUAGGUAAACUUUGUAAGGUGUGUAGUAAGUAAUGUUUUCUUGCUAUUGAGAUAAAACUAUGUUGGAGGUUCUUGGGUUUGGAUGGAA